AUGAAUUCUGCUCAGGAAUCUGAUGCCACUGACCGCUUGCCUUCUAGUGUUCCAAUUCAAAUUAAUGGUCUUCUUCAAAAUGCUUCAGGGAUACCAGAUGUGCUCCUUAAAUUUGAAGAGCCAGCUUUGCUGACCUAUCAGGCAUCCCUUGUACCACCUCCUGCACCAAAUCCAAUCAAUUCAUUCCUUUUGCUCAUCCAUCCUCUAUCAGGCAAUGCAAAAAUUCUGAGGGACCUUGCUGCAGGAAGUAAUAUCAUCGGCUAUAUUUCUUUCUUUACUCGUACCUUGAUGUGUGGACACCGAGAAGGGCUUGCUACACGAAUUAUGACUGCGACUGGAAAUGCUGGUGUGGCUUUCGGGUUCAUAGCACUCUUGGAAAUGCUACUGCGGGAUAGCGUUAAUCCGUGGAUUGCUUUAAGGGCUUGUGCAUUAUGCCUGCCUGCUAUAGCUGCGGCAAUCACGGAAUGA